AGGCCCAGCCGCCCACACGCGCACGGAUCUUCCCAAGUCACAUCCCCUCUCCCUUCUCGUCCCCGAGUCCCGACCGCACCGGCGAGCGCGAGCUAGGGUUCGUCGAUCGGCCGCGGCGCAUCCCAUCUCCGGCGAGCCUAGCCUAGCGGCAUGGCGGGGAUACGGUGGCCGCCGGAGGACCCGGAGAUGUUCCCGACGCGGAUGCUCGGCAGCGGCGUCUGGGCAGGAGCAGGAGCCGGGGCCCCCGGCGAGAUGGCGUCGGACGACGACCGGUCCGUGGCGGCGGACUCGUGGUCGAUCAAGAGCGACUACGGGAGCACCCUCGACGACGAGCAGCGGUACGCCGACACGGCCGAGGUCCUCCUCGCCUCCUCCUGCUCCGCAUCCUCCGCCUCCUCCUCCGUCGUCGCGCCCUCCUCCGCCUCCUCGCUCAGCGCCCACCACUCCUCCGACUUCAGCUUUGACAAGGAUGUGCCCGAUGUCGUGCCGCCCAUGCUAGGCUUGCAUAAUUAUCAUGACGGUGCGUACGCGGAAGACCUUGCCCAUUACCACGAACGCAGCCACGCAGAUGACUGGUUUGGCACCGAGGUCAUGGAUGUCCUUGUAGGCUGGACCACAAACUUGUGUUCCAGCAAAAAUUUGCCCGGCUGCAGCGUACUUGACAUCGGAACUGGGAGCGGACGACUCUUGCAGCAGCUUGCAAAGCAAGGGUUUUCUGAUCUAACAGGCAUCGACUAUAGUGAAGCUGCAAUUGAACAUGCUCGAAAUCUUUCAAUCCGUGAUGGGUUUGAGCACAUUAAUUUUUUGGUUGAUGAUGUCUUGGAGUCAAAAUUGGAGAGAAGAUUUGAACUUGUGAUGGAUGAAGGAACUCUGGAUGCAAUUGGGCUCCAUCCUGAUGGACCUGUAAAGAGAAUGAUGUAUUGGCAGUCAGUGGCUAGCUUGGUUUCUCCUGGCGGCGUACUGGUUAUCACAUCAUGCAGCAGAACUAAGGAUGAGUUGGUGCAAGAGGUGGAGAACUUCAACCAAAGGAAGUUAGGUGCUACGGUCUCUGAAGGAGCGUUGGGCAGUGAUGCUGUGGUGUUCAAGUACCUUGACCAUGUCCAAGCUUACCCGAACGUGGAUAGUCCCUGCAUUGCCACCGUUGCUUUCCUUCAUAUGUGAAAUAUAUAUGUAUCUAUCCUUUCCCCACUUUCUAUCCCUAACUUAUCAAACUUGUGAGUAACAAUGUACCCCCAUGACAGCUGUUCUUCUAUGGAUCAAUUUACAUUGUCAGAUUGGUUCAUCCAUUGUUAUGUUGCUUUGUUA